GUCGCCGGGGGCCAGGAUGAAAGUGACCGUGUGCUUCGGCAGGACCGGCAUCGUGGUACCCUGCAAGGAGGGCCAGCUGCGUGUCCGCGAGCUCACGCAGCAGGCGCUGCAGCGGUACCUGAAGGCUCGGGAGAAGGAUCCUGGCUACUGGGUGAAGAUUCACCACUUAGAAUACACAGAUGGAGGAAUCCUGGAUCCAGAUGACAUCUUGGCGGAUGUCGUGGAAGACAAAGAUAAGCUGAUUGCCGUGUUUGACGAACAAGAACCGGUCCACAAGAUCGAGAGCCCCGGUGGAAACCCUGCAGGGCGGCAGAGCCCGGAUGCCUUUGGGACCGAAGUGGCUGCCCAGCUGGCGGCGUUUAAACCCGUCGGUGGGGAAAUUGAAGUGACCCCUUCUGCUCUGAAAUUAGGCACUCCGCUGCUGGUGAGGAGAAGCAGUGACCCAGCGCCAGGCCCACCUGCUGAUGCCCCGCCAACUGCGUCACACCCCAGUGGCCAGAGUCUGAAACCUGCUCUUCUGGAUUCCACACAAAACUUGGAAGAUGGAGAAGUCAUGAAUGGUGUACAGACAGAACUACUGACAUCGCCAAGAACGAAGGACGCACUGAGCGAUAUGACAAGAACAGUGGAGAUUUCUGCCGAAGGAGGCCCCUUGGGAAUCCAUGUGGUGCCCUUCUUUUCAUCUCUGAGUGGAAGGAUCCUAGGACUCUUCAUUCGCGGCAUCGAAGAAAACAGCAGGUCCAAGCGGGAAGGACUUUUUCAUGAAAAUGAAUGUAUUGUAAAAAUCAACAAUGUGGACCUCGUAGACAAAACCUUUGUUCAGGCCCAGGACGUCUUCCGCCAGGCAAUGCGAGCUCCCUGCGUGCUGCUGCACGUGCUUCCCCCGCGGAACCGCGAGCAGUACGAAAAAUCAGUCAUCGGACCGCUUAACAUUUUUGGUAACAAUGAUGGUGUUUUGAGAGCAAAGCCCCCGCCUUCUGCACAUGGAAAAUCGGGAAUAAAGACAGCAAAUCUCACAGGAACAAGCAGUCCUGAGGAAGACGCAUCCACUUCCCUGCAACAAAGCAGGAGCCCCCGGGUCCCAAGAGUCGGUAGAAAGCCGUCCUCUCCCUCGCUCUCCCCUCUCAUGGGAUUUGGCAGCAAAAAAAAUGCAAAGAAAAUUAAAAUUGACCUUAAGAAAGGCCCUGAAGGACUUGGUUUCACUGUGGUUACCAGAGACUCUUCCAUACAUGGGCCUGGUCCCAUUUUUGUAAAAAACAUUUUACCAAAAGGAGCAGCAAUAAAAGAUGGCCGCCUGCAAUCAGGGGACAGAAUUUUGGAGGUGAAUGGCAGAGACGUCACUGGACGAACUCAGGAAGAGCUCGUGGCCAUGCUGCGGAGCACCAAGCAGGGAGAGACGGCAUCUCUGGUCAUCGCUCGCCAAGAAGGAACGUUUCUGCCCCGAGAGCUGAAAGGAGAACCUGACUGCCAUGCUCUCUCUCCGGAAACAACUGAUCAACUCACCUUCGAGAUCCCCCUGAAUGAUUCUGGUUCUGCUGGUCUCGGGGUGAGCUUGAAAGGGAACAAAUCUCGAGAGACGGGAACAGACUUGGGGAUUUUUAUCAAAUCCAUCAUCCACGGAGGUGCUGCUUUUAAGGACGGUCGUCUGCGAACAAAUGACCAGCUGAUUGCAGUUAAUGGGGAAUCUCUCUUGGGAAAGUCCAACCACGAAGCUAUGGAAACACUUAGGCGAUCGAUGUCCAUGGAAGGAAACAUUCGGGGGAUGAUCCAGUUGGUGAUACUGAGGAGGCCAGACAGACCAGUAGAGGAGCCUUCAGAGUGCGGGGCAUUUUCUAAGCCACCCUUUGAGAACUGUCAAAACGCCGUCACCACCUACAGGAGGACCGACAACGGCGCCCUGCAUCCGCUUAGCACGUACAGUCCGCACGACAAACACAGAGAGCCGUCGCUUCCCGGGGCCGGGUGGGCCGAGAACGCAGCGCCGCCUUCCCCGCCGCCGCGCGCCACUCCGGACCUGGGCCUGGAGGAGUACAGCCACAGCUCCGGGGUGGACUCGGCGGGGUGUUUUCCAGAGCAGCACAUCCACUUCAGAUGCACGACGCCCUCCAGGCAGCCCGACGCGAUGAAUCUGAAAGCCUCUAAGAGCAUGGACCUGGUGCCAGAUGAAAGCAAAGUCCAUUCAUUGGCUGGACACAAAUUGGAAUCUCCAAGCAAAGAUUUCGGUCCAACUCUGGGUUUGAAAAAGUCCAGCUCCUUGGAGAGCCUGCAGACCGCGGUUGCCGAGGUCAGGAAGAACGAACUCCCCUUCCACAGGCCCCGGCCCCACAUGGUCCGCGGCCGCGGCUGCAACGAAAGCUUCCGAGCAGCCAUUGACAAGUCCUACGAUGGACCCGAGGAGUUAGAAGCCGAUGGACUGUCCGAUAAGAGCUCUCACUCCGGCCGAGGAGCUCUGAAUUGUGACUCUGCCCCUCAGGGGAACUCAGAGCUCGAGGACAUGGAUAAUAAAGCCAAGAAAGUCAAAAAACCGAAAGAGAAGGAGAAGAAGAAGGAAAAGGGCAAACUGAAAGUCAAGGAGAAAAAGCAGAAAGAGGAAAAUGAAGAUCCGGACAGGAAAAUAAAGAGGAAGGGGUUUGGUGCCAUGCUGAGAUUUGGAAAGAAGAAAGAUGAUAAGGGUGGGAAGGCUGAGCACAAAGGUUCUCUGAAGCAUGGUGGCCUGAAGGAGGAGGAGCUGGAAAAAAUGAAAGAAGAACGCGAGAGGAUCGGAGCAAAACAUCAGGAGCUAAGGGAAAAGCAGGCAAGAGGUCUUGUUGAUUAUGCCACUGGUACAAUUGGAUCACUGCAUGAUAUGGAAGAUGAUGAAAUGGACCCCAAUUAUGCCAGAGUGAACCACUUCCGGGAACCGUGUGCACCAGCAAAUGUCUAUAGGUCUCCAUCUCCCCCUCGGGCUGUACCACUGGUUUAUCCCCGCGAUGGCCGUCCACUGUCUCCAGAGAGAGACCACUUGGAGGGUCUUUAUGCCAAGGUCAACAAGCCAUACCAUCCGCCAGUGCCCGCUGACAGCAGCCGGCCCGUGAGCGGAAGUGCUGACCGCAUCCAGAAGCUGCGAAGGGAAUAUUAUCAGGCGCGGAGGGAAGGUUUCGCAUUCUAUGAGGACGACGAAGGAAGAGCAAGGCCGUCUGACUAUGACCUUCACUGGGUGUCUGGAAAGGGUCCAGAUGGGAAUGCACACAACCUCCGCUACGAGGGGAUGGAGAGACAGUACGCAUCCUUACCCAGGGGAGGACCCGCUGACCCUGCAGACUACCUGACAGCAGCACAUCGGGGGCUCUACAAGGAGCGGGAGCUUCCCUUCUACCCCGGGGCUCAUCCCGUGCACCCGCCCAAAGGGAGCUAUCCCCGCCCCCCAGACCUGAGGGUGGCAGAUCUCCGGUAUCCCCAGUACUACCCACCUCCCCCAGCCCCCCAGCACAAAGGACCCUUUCGACAAGAUGUCCCGCCCUCGCCCCCUCAGCACCACAGAGUGCCAGCCUAUCAGGAAAUGGGCAGGGCAGGGCCCCGAGGGGGCAGCCCAGACCACCACUACCGAAGCCAGGAUCCUCGGCAGAAGAACCCCAUGACUGCCGCCGUGUAGCUGGUCACGUCCGAGCCCGGCGCAGCCAGAAAGGAAGACAGCUAACCUCACCGUCCCUCAGCUCUUCCUGCUCAGACUUGGCCUUGCCACAGAUUAGGGUUUUUUUUUACUGAGAAUGUAACAGCUGACUGCUAAUUAGAGGGAAAAGGAAGGGACAGGGAUUUGAGGGGAAAAUCGGGAGAAAGAGGAAGGACAGGGCCAUAGAAACAAUACUGCCUGGUAUUUGAAAUACUUUUAGAAUGGUUCAAGUCCAUAAGAGCGGCAUUUAACAAGCAGAUAACAAAGGAGGUCUAUAAAAUUGGUGCCCAUAAAAUUGGCAGCAUGGAGGGGGCCGCUGCCCUGGAUUGUCUCCGUUCGGAACCUGAGCUUCACCCACCGGGUUAAGUCUGAAGAGCGGCUGCACACGUGGCUGCACACGUGGCUGCAAACGUGGCCAUCUUAAGUGAGUCAUUUUUUUUCAAUGAGAAAACCCACCCAGCAUGACUUGUGAUCUCUUUGAAAUGUUUUCUACCCAGAGGAAGACUGCAUUUCUUAUCUGUAGAAUUUCUCAGGUUCCUGGUACCAUUGGUUUGGUAUGCGUUUCACAUUUCCUCGCUUUUUUAUAAAAGUAAGAUGUCAAUGCAGUAUUAGUGUCCUGGGGGGAUGUGCAAAGCUGGUCAGAACUUCCAGAAGGCAUAUGUUCCAAGAACCAAGGUGAUGAGGUUACAAGGGCUGUCACUCCCGUGGCCCUCAGCUUGCUCCCCCCCCCCCAUGUCUCAGGCACAGUACAUGGGGCCACGUGGUUCCAGAGUCAUCCCCAUGUCCUGCCCAUAAUUGUUAUAACUGGGGCCUCUGCUCUAAGUCCCCGCAUGAGGGCUAAACUUGAUUUGAGAAAUAGCCCAGUGACCAGGCCACACGGGAAGCAAUGCCUUGGAGAUGCCAAUUCCAGACACAGUGCCAAACAGUGCCAUCUGUACCCCAGGGAUGGGGGGUGGGGGGCAGGGCUUUGCAGAUUGAUAACCAGCAGGUAGUGGAUGGUGGUGACUGAUGGUGUGCGUGUGUGCAUGUGUGUGUGUGCGCGCAUGCAUGUGUGUGAAAGUAUGUGAUUACCAGUGUGGAGAAUGAAAGAUAAAAAUGCUUCCUGAAAAGUUUGAUCAGAGUAAGGGAAUAAUAAAGGAAAAAAGAAAACAGAAGGGGCAGGAAGGGAGAAGAGGCACAAAACUAGAUCAUUCUGUAUCUGCUGUAUUUCAUUAACAAAGGUCAGGGCAAGGCCAAGGCCAGGGUCCAGCUGGGGACUGCAGGGCUGUGGUCCUGAAAAGCUGAAACCCCACCCUCCGAAACCCAUCUCAAUUUCUCUUGAGUUUUGCAGCUCUUUUUCUAUUUAUUUCAACAGAAUAUCUAAAACUCACACCCUGGCCCACAGGAGAAUGCAAACACAAGGCAGAAACGGUCAAACCUGGGGGAGCAGUUUGAAUUGUUUAGUGACUCCCGACAUACUCUGAAACUUCUCACAUUCCUUCCCUCCCCGAGUUCAGUGUGGAGGUAUUCUGGCUAAUAUUAGAAUACCUCUGGCUGAUGGGAUUUAAUAAAUUAUAGUAUUAUUGAAUAUACAGAGUGUCCACCUA